UCGGAACACACCCGAACACGCCAGAACACACCAAAUGAUAGACAAGAUCAAGUAAUUGCCGUAGAUCACAAUUGCAAACGACAUAGUUAUACAGUCAUUUCUUCACUAACAGAUACCCUCGUAAUCGGGUAGUUUUUUCCAUUCCCAUUUUUAAAUCCGAUUUAUAUAUACUCAGUAUUUAUUUAUUCCCGUAAGUGGACGGUAACUCGCAAGCGGAUGCGGACACUUAAAGUGAAAAUUGGAUUUUUCUUUGUUUACGCUCUCUCGUUAGCGGACACCCAUGAUAAUUGAUUCUUGGAAAUAAAAUUUGUCUUGAAUUUGAAAAUCAAAAGUCCUUUUCUCUGCUAUUUAAACGAAUUACUCGCUUAGCUUACGGUCUCUACCUUCCCUGCAUACUAUACAUGAAGUAAAACUGAUGGAUUUUACAUCCUUUCCGCUCUGAGACAGACCUUCAAGCGCGUUCGCGUACUUAUUUCGAGCCUGCGUUCACAGACUACCAGUGGUCACCCUAUAACCGUAAGUACGUCAUAUACGGCGAUCUGCAGCGGGUAACCAUCGCUCUUGACUCUCGAAGCCAUGAGGCAAAGUUUGGAAACUGGCGGUUCUUGGAUCCCUCUCUUUAUUCCUUUGUUAGGAAUUUUUUCGAUUUCUAGUGCACAAAAUCAUGUCGGUGAAGAUUUAGACGCGAAAAUCGCUUUUGAUUUACCGGGACAACAGCCACCAAUCUCGUUUGCGCAAUCUACAACAGAUCACCCAAGCACGGGAUAUAUUGUCUAUUGUCCUUGUAUGGGCCGGUUUGGAAAUCAAGCUGACCAGUUUUUAGGAUCAUUAGCAUUUGCAAAAGGAUUAAAUCGCACCCUUGUGUUACCUCCAUGGAUAGUUUAUCCAAGUUAUAAAAGAGGUGACUCUGAUCGAGUACCAUUUGAUGACUGGUUUCUUGUUAAGCCACUUGAAGCAUACCACAGUGUUAUAACAAUGGAAAAAUUCAUGAAAGACAUUGCUCCAACAAUUUGGCCACCUGGAAAAAGAAUAGGCUUCUGCUACUCAUUCCGAGAUGGUCAGAAGUGUGACAUGAAGCAGGGAAAUCCCUUUGGACCUUUCUGGAAUCACUUUCAUAUUGACUUUGAUGAUUAUCAGGAACAUUCUGGCUUGUUGUGGGACACAGAACAAGAAUGGGCUAGAGUUGGAUGGAACACAAGAUUUCCAGAGUCAGAGUUUCCAGUGCUAGCUCUGAUGGGAGCACCAGGAGCUUUCCCUGUACAUUCACAAAACAGAUGGUUACAAAAGUUUGUCCAGUGGUCGACUAAAGUUGAAAAUACAGCCAAGGAGUUUAUUUCUACUGUACUGAAUAAUGAACCUUUUGUUGGUAUUCAUUUACGAAAUGGAAUUGACUUUGAAAGAGCUUGCGAACAUGUUAAGGAUGGAAGUACCUCCUCCUUCUUUGCCUCGCCUCAGUGUGUUCAACCUGGCUCCAAAGACAAGCUCACGCAUCAAAUGUGCCUACCACUGAAGAGUGAAAUCCUCAAAAAGACCAAAAAGGUGGUGAAGAAAGCUAAGGCAACAAGAGUGUUUGUGGCAACGGAUAAUGAUCCAAUGAUUAGAGAGCUCACAGAAGCAUUGAAGUCUUUAAAGGUGUCUGUACACAGAAGGGAACCUUCAGAUGAAGUUAAUGAUCCGAUACUGGACUUGGCAAUCCUUACCAUGUCGAAUCACUUUAUAGGCAAUUGUGUGUCAAGCUUCACUUCGUUUGUGACUCGCUAUCGUGAAGUCAAUAAUAAACCAACCUCAUUUUGGGCUUUUAAAGAUAAAUAGCAAAACUAAGAAAAAUCGCUUUUUUUUUUCGUUUCUGUAUGAGGUUGAUUUUGAGAUCAAAGAAUUUUUACAUCUUGACAGUGUUAAAAUUACUGCUGCUGCCAGAGUCCUUCUUUUAUUAGAUUUCUCGAUUGUCUAUGAAUUAACUGCAAAUGGUGUUGUAAACUAAUCUCGAUAUGCACAGCCUCUCAGUUUUUCGUGGCACAUUGUAGUUUCAAUUGUAACUUAGUAUAGGAUAUUUAUAGAUAGGGAAUAUUACAGAAACAAAUUUCAUUUGAAUAAAAUUUCCUUUCCAGAAA